AAGAUGGCGCAGGAGGCCAGCGACAUGGAAGAUGGGCAGCUUUCCGACUCGGAUUCCGACAUGACGGUGGCACCCAGCGACAGGCCGCUGCCGGUGCCGAAAGCUCUAGGUGGGGACUGUGCAGUGCGGCCCUUCCAGAGUACUGCAACAGUGUGUGCCCCGGAAUCACAUUAUCGGACUGUGAAAAGUGUGGAUUCAAGUGAAGAGAGUUUUUCAGAUUCAGAUGAUGAUAGCUCUCUCUGGAAACGCAAGCGACAGAAAUGUUUUAACACCCCUCCCAAACCAGAGCCUUUUCAGUUUGACCAGAGCAGCCAGAAACCACCUAUAGCUGGAAGGAAGAAGGUUAACAACAUCUGGGGUGCUGUGCUGCAAGAACAGAACCAAGAUGCAGUGGCCACUGAACUUGGUAUCUUGGGAAUGGAGGGCACCAUUGACAGAAGCCGACAAUCUGAGACCUACAAUUAUUUACUUGCUAAGAAACUUAAAAGAGAAUCUCAAGAACAUACAAAAGAAUUAGACAAAGAACUAGAAGAAUAUAUGCAUGGUGGCAAAAAAAUGGGACCAAAGGAGGAGGAAAAUGGGCAAGGCCAUCUCAAAAGGAAACGACCUGUCAAAGACAGAGUGGGAGACAGACUAGAAAUGAACUAUAAAGGCCAAUAUGAGAUCAUGGAGGACGAUUCUCAAGAGAAGGUGGCUGAUGAAAUUUCUUUCAGGUUGCAGGAACCAAAGAAAGAUUUGAUAGCCCGAGUAGCGAGAAUAAUUGGGAACAAAAAGGCAAUUGAACUUCUGAUGGAAACUGCUGAAGUUGAACAAAAUGGUGGUCUUUUUAUAAUGAAUGGCAGUAGAAGAACCCCAGGUGGAGUUUUCCUGAAUCUCCUGAAAAACACUCCUAGUAUCAGUGAGGAGCAAAUUAAGGACAUUUUCUACUUUGAAAAUCAAAAGGAAUAUGAAAAUUAAAAAGCUGCUAGAAAGAGAAGAAUGCAAGUGAUGGGGAAAAAGAUGAAACAAGCCAUUAAAAACCUAAAUUUUCAAGAAGAUGAUGAUACAUCACGAGAGACUUUUGCAAGUGACACUAAUGAGGCCCUGGCCUCUCUUGAUGAAUCACAGGAAGGACAUGGAGAAACAAAGUUGGAUGCAGAGGAAGCCAUUGAGGUUGAUCAUUCUAACGAUUUGGACAUGUUUUAGUACAUUUUGAGGAAUAAACCUUUCUAAGAUAACAUUGUAAUAAACCAUUUCUACUGAGAUUAUUUUACUUUGCACUGAUAAACACAAAAAUCUGGAGAGAAUUGUUACUUUGUUUUAAAUAAAAUUGAAUAUGUGGGAGAUGAAUGUGAUAACAUUUAAAACUUUCUCAUGUCUGACAAAAUAUUUAAAAGUAUAUAGUGGAAGAUUUAAUUUCUUAAUCUGUUGCAUGUACUAAUUAUUACUAGUUGAUCAUCAAUUUUGUCCAGGUCAUUUUAACGUGCUGUUUAAAAGUU